AUGAAUCAUCCUCGAUUUGAAACAGUUCAAAGUAACGAGUUAACGUAUAAAUAUCAACGACUAAAAGAAAAAAUGAAGGUUAUUAAGGCUGAAAACGAAAACUAUUUAAAGAUAAAUGAAUUAUUACAGGGUGAAUUGAAUCAAAAAUCUGCUGCCUUAGAAGCUUCUUCAAGAUCAUUCCAAGCCCUUAAAUUACAAUAUGAAGAGUUACUCCAAAGAUUAACAGAAAUUCAUUUUUCAUCAUUUUCUUCCUCUGCAAACUCAGACGUUAAUAUUAAAAAAGAAACUGAUGAUGAAGUAGUAAAACUGAAACAGAUUAUAGUAGAAAAGGAUGCAAUUAUUGAAAAAUUACAACAUGAUUUACUAAGUUAUAAAAAUAACGAUUCCAAAAUAGAUCAAAUCUAUAAAUUAAUAUUAGAAUUCAAGCAAAAACGUGGAGAGAAGGAAAAUGCUAUUUCAGUUGAUCGUCAAAAGUAUAUAUAUCAGUCGAUCAAUGAUUUAAUUACUAUGCUCACGGAAUCAGAAGCAAAACGAGAAAAGACUGAAAGGAGGAUAAAAUAUAUUUUAACUGCAUGUAAUAAAUUAACUAAAAUAGUUUCAGAAGAAAGAAUUCGUAUUACCCAAAUCAUAAAAUCAAAUGAGGCUUCUCAAGAUGAUGAUUUUCUAGACCAGGAGUUUCGAAAAUUAAGGAUAUUUAUACAAAAGGCGAACAAAAAAUAUAAUAUUUCCAAUUCAAUCGAAUUCUAA